AGCCGGUAUGCCAAAUGUAUAUUUUUUUAUAAGUGUUAGCAACAUAAAACAACACAAAAGGAACUCGCCCGUCUCAAAUAUAUCCAGCCGUUUUCCAAGCUGGGACAACAAAUACUCAUCCAGACGCAGACCCUUGUGAGACGUAUGGUCGGUCAAGUAAUGCAGUUGCUCUUUAAUACCGUUGAAAAGCAGAAAGGCUGCUUACGUUUGACAGACGAUUUGCCUGUGACAAAAUACACGUCACAAACCGCGAUUGCCCAACUUCACAGCGUGAAACAUGACAUAUUAAAGAAAUAUUGCAUUCUAUAUUAUAUGAUCAGAUGUGCCCGCACGGUGGACGAGCGGUUUGCAUAUUGGCCACACAGUUGGGAGAUCGGGUUCCAAUCUCUGUGCGUCUGUGGGUUUUCCUCCCACAUUCAUUUGUCAUUUUGUUAUUGUUUGGUCUAAAAAAAAUAAAAAAUCCUAGGUUUUUGUUCUCCGUGGAUGCCUCCUGCCCCUUAAAGGUCACUGAGGUGCGUCUGUCUGCAUACACGCUGUGUGCGUACAUGCUGUCUGCGUGCACGCUGUCUGCGUACGCAUGCGUGUGCAUGUCACAGAGGAACUUUUUCAUAGCUUGGAAAGGCCUAUGAAAUAAAGAAUACAUAUCAUGUAGAAAUGAAUAUGUUGGCGUCACCCUGAUAAAAGCGUCCACUGGGGUUGGCGGUGGCGGCCUCGGACACGGCCAACCACACUAUGGUGUCAGCGCCCUGCUCCGGGGUUCGCAGGCUGUCCUUCAUGGAGCGAUGGAAGUCAGGCAUGGCGUUCGCCACAGCUGCCGCGCACACACACACACACACACACACACGUAUGGCGGAGGAAGGGGACAAAGAUUCACACAUAUUGAAAUUUGCAGUCUGUUGUUAAAAUGUGUUAUAUUUUACUUCUAAAACAAUUCUUUAUGGUGAAGCAGACAUGCUAUCUGUAGCUGUCCUCCUGCUGUUACAUGAUGGCCUUAGUCUUGUUCAGAUGCCAACAGAUGAUGGCAUCACAUGUCUAGUCCAUGACCAAAAGUUCCUUAUUUCAAUGUGGGCUUAUAGUGAGCCAACAGGACUUGCCAUACCAGGAGUGUCCACCCAGCCUGGAUGCAUGACAGAGAAGUGGAUGCUCGUGUGGAUCUUUGCAAGCUGCUCCGUCAUCACCACCUGCUGCCUCUGGAAGACACGUGUCAUAAAGGGGACCUAUUAUGUUCAUUUUUGGCCCUUUGUGUUGCGUUGUGGACUCCUGUAGAGCAGCUGCACACAAUACCAGCACAGAAAGCUUUCUAGUUGUUCCAGAACCUGCACCUAUUCAGCUUUAUUUCUUCAUGAAAACGGUGUGUUUUAAAUGAUUCCAGCCACGGCUCGCCUCCAUGUUGGUUGGUCCCACUCCCAAGUGCUCAGAAGGACUUGUUGUGUCGCUUGCUGCGAAGCCAACAUUAUAGGUGUUGAUAUUAAACAGUGAUUUAUCUUUUUAAAAGGUCCGCUUUUAACAUCCAGCCAUAUGUGUGGGAUCCCCAAUGCCAUCCGGAAUAGAGACUCGACAGUCCCAAGUUUCUCAAAAAAAGAGGGAGGUUACUUCAAGGCAGCAACGCCCUGUGGAACCCAGCGUUUUGAGUUGUGCCUUGACCUUUUAAGUUGUAAAAUGUACAGGUAGUCCCCGCCGAAUGAUAAUGAAACACAAACACGAUCGGUACCUUGUGUUGGGCGUAGACCAUGGUGCCGUCAUAGCGACCUCUCUCUGACUGCAGGUUCCCUAUCCUGAGCUUCUGCACCAUCAUGCCCCCUGAUGACACGCUAAUCUGCACACACAGGAAUGAAGCUUUGGGUGCUGCUGGACCAUGGCCGUCGCUUUCCCGAUGCCGCUGUUGGCUCCAGUUAUCAUGAAGGCUCGUCCUGCCAGAGACACCUCCAGGUCCUUCUCCACAAAGCGCUUGGAGGCCGAUAGGAAAGCAUUUCUACAAAGAGGGAACACGGACGUUGAAUGUCUAUCAGCAAGGUCUCAUGAUUUGUCACGCCAGGCCUCAGGAAUCGGUCUCCGCUCAAACCACGUGGACCAGCACCUGCGACCCCCUGACGGCACAUCCCGGAACUGCACUGCGUUCAGACAAUGUGCCUUCUGUUCAAAGUCAACUUGAGUGUGUGUGUGUUUGUGUGUGCGUGUGUGUGCGUGUGUAGGUGCGGCAAAGGUGGGAUCACACAAUGUAGGCUACAUCAGACAAAGAAGACUUCAGCUUCAGCGAUUUAAAGGACUUUUGGGGGGGGCAAAUUUCCCGUUUUAGGAUUGGAGUCCCAUCGCUGAGAGCCAAAAUGAUCCGUUUCCUGUUGCUGUUUAGCAAGCAGGGAAGGCUGCGGCUGCAGAAGUGGUUCACUCCUCUAACAGACCGGGAGAAGAAGAAAGUUAUCCGGGACAUGAUGGCCAUCGUGUUGGCCCGUCCACCGCGUUCAUGCAAUUUCCUCCAAUGGAGAGACCUCAAGAUUGUUUACAAAAGAUAUGCCAGCCUGUAUUUCUGUGCCGGGCUGGAAGACCAGGAUAAUGAGCUGCUGAGCCUGGAAGUUUUACACAGAUAUGUGGAGCUGCUGGAUAAAUACUUUGGGAAUGUAUGUGAGCUGGACAUUAUUUUCAACUUUGAAAAGGCCUACUUUAUUCUGGAUGAAUUCCUGAUGGGAGGAGAAGUGCUGGAAACCUCCAGAGCGGCUGUGGGCGUCUCUCUGGAGGAGGCUGACGCGCUUCAAGAGCAGACAAUGGAGGAAUAUAUGAGCAGACCCGCUUACUGAGCCAGGAGAAGACGGGAAUUUCUCCGGGAUGAAGCAAAAGGCUUUAACUGUGCUACAAAUAAUCAGCGGAACCUGUUUAGAUGGACACCAUUAAGUCCUGGUCCACUGUGUUCCUCUUACUUCUUGGCAUCCUUGGCUGCCUCUCAGUAGCGGUGUCUGCAGAAAAGGUUGAUGCAUUCUGUAGUUCGGAUAAAAUACGUUUGUUUUCUUCUGGCCUUCUGUUCUUCCAGUCUUCCAGAAUGGCUUUCAACAUCCACGGCAACAUGUCGCAUGAGGAGGUGGAGCUGCCAAAAUGAUCAUGGUAGAUUAUGUAUGUACGUAUAAGUCAUGGGUUUUGGUGAGACGUUUGGAGCGUUGCCAUGGCAAUUGUCUGUGCGUGCCUAAUAGGAAGUAAGGUUUUGAAUGUAGGCUAGCUAUUUACGUAGCAAUGUUUAUAUUACACCCAAAUGUUAAUUUGUACCAAUUAGAUGAUAAACAUCACCUUUUUAAGAAUAUUGUCAUAUUCACACUUGAUUAAGUCCUUCAAAUCAUCCUAGGGGAUUAUUACCUAACAAGUGACUCAUCUCAACACGUGCUUUAAUACUCACCUCUUUGUGAAGAAAAGUGUCACUCAUCUCGAGAAGGACCUACAUAACAUUUGAGGAAGAAAUGGGUGCAUCAGCGUGAAACGAUAAGUGACGUAACUGUCUAGUUUCACUAAAGAUGAAAAGAUUUGCGCGUAUCCAAAAGCACGCUCAACACGGUUAAAGCUAUAUUUGGUCAUGUAUGUCGGCCUGAGACAGCCAACCCCAGGAAUGUCGGCUUCAACGGCUUCCACUGUAUUCAUCCCAGUUGGGAUACUUUAUAGACUCACACGUGUCUUAGCAGGGAUGAUAUUCCUUUACAGUGUUUGCCAACCUUUACUCAGCCAAGUCAUUAGAAAAUCUCACCACCGAGUGUGACCUUUUCUCCACAAAGGUCGCUCUUGUACCUUCUGCAGUCUAGCGGAAGAACAUUCAAUUGUUCUGUCUGUCGCUACAUGUGGCUCAAUGAACCAAAAUUAGCAGGAUUGAAGCAUUUUUGGACAAAUUCUGUGCAAAUUGACUUUGGGAAAUGUUGUCACUGUUGGAAUAUAAUAUUAUAUAUGGAGAACAUAAUACUAGAUGCAUAAAUCACAAGUGAGUAUUAUCGUUUUGGGCAUGUCUGGUUAAAGCAUUGUUGGAACCAAUAGAAGAGUUAAGGGUUAAAAGUAGCAUCAUGUAUUUUGUACUUAAAUAGCCAACAGGGUUGUGAACGUGGGAAAGAAGCGGGACACGGAAAGGAAAAGAUGAAGUCGAUGCUUUAUUGACCUCACGUAUGUCACGUAUGCUCACAUUUAAGUCAGAAUUAGCAAGAAACACAAGUGAGUGUAAAAAGGGGUCUGGUGCUUGUGUGUCAAGGCCGGCGUAUGGGAGGAAGGUCAAAUCAUGGCUAUUUCUGCUAUUAAAUAAGACCACCACAGUUGACUGCAUGUUGAAAUCUUUGAAAAUACUUCAUUGUGUCUCUGUCCACAUGUAUCAUAACAUAUAUAACACAUUUAUAUAUAUAUAUGUAUAUAUAUAUAUGUACUUUAUCUCCCCUUUGUCUAUAUGCCUUUGCCUGUUUUGGUGCCGUUCUCACUGUCUUCAGUUUCCAGAUUGAGGUAGCUCAUCAGUUUCAUCACCGCGUUGCCGUCUCCAUCCUCAGUCUGUCGCUUGUCCUUGGCUUCCUUCCCCGAGUCCAUCUGAUCCAAGUAAUCCUGCAUGGCCCGUUCAAACGAGCCCGUGGCGCCCUGCCCCGCCUCCUGCCGCUUUUGGCCGUAGCGGUACGCAGGGCCGGGAUGUCUCGCCAGCAUCUGCGCCGCCAGAUACGCCGCCAGCCGGUCGGCCGUGGCGCCGUCGUAUUCUGAGGAUCUACCAGGAGGGACGCGGCGCAGAGUGGGAGUGGCGUCACCGGCGCGCCCCGAGGUCACCGUGUGAAGUCGCGAUGGCCAGCCGCCGUACGCCUUCCUGACGGAGGCUUGACCCCGGUUCCUGUCCUUCCCCA